CAAUUCUCAUGGCCUUUUUUUGUCAGCAUGUAUCAAUAACGUAAAACUAAAAAAAGAAAUGCAAUGUAAGUGUAAGCUUACAACUUUGGUGCUUGACGGGAGAUUUGCAAAGAGGAAGGGUUUGGUUUAGCUUGAUUUAUUUUUAACAUGGUAAACUGGUGCUGUGUGGUUCCUCUGAGUUAUUUGAGAAACUGGUUGGACAUGGGCUGCCCUACUUGAACUUGGUGAGAAUGGAUUCAGUUUUGGAAAGUAAAUAUUUGAAAUCCUGUUUUCCUGGAGCGGCUGGGAUGAUUGCUAUGCUAUAUAAUAAUAGGGCUUCCAAUAUGGUAUGCUAAUUAACAAACAAAACACCUACAUGCACUUCAAUGCAGCAGGUGUACUGCAUUGCAUGGUUGAGAGAAAAUGGGCACUUCACACGCUAAUCAAUGUGGCCAGCAACAUUGCUUGGCAGCCAUUAAAUAGCAUGGUCAUGACUUGAACCCAGGGUGGUAAAGGCACAUAUAACUUAAGCUUACUUUUUGUACUGAUGUGUUACCCCUCACAUCAUAUGAGUUGUUGGGGUUAAAACUUAGUGUAGGCUAGUUGUUCCCAAACAUGUGUUAUCAUUGGGUGCAAACGCUUAUAAGCUUAAUUGCUAAUUGUCGUCAUCCUAGAAGUCUUUGUCGAGUGUAUUCAUGUCUAUUUUAUAAUUUCUAUUUUUUAUUGUUUCAAUUCUCAUUUGCAUUGUGUGUUUGUCAUGUUGUAGAUUCAUGGCGUAAGUGCAACACUAGACAUUACAUAGAUGUUGCACCAUGUCCCUAAGGAGAUAGAUAGACUGUGUUGUAACUGAAAAACACUAAAAACCUAACAAGAACCCACCACAAACUUGAUCCAACCAGCAGGGAGUCAGCUGAUUGUAACAACAACAACAUAGUUGACCUCCGUCGUCAGAGCAGGAUUUACAUUGUCUGUGUGAUGAAGCCCACUGUUUACCAGUGGUAGAGCUUUUACAGUGCAAAGCUUUUUUGAACAGGCAUCUUUGGGGGAUGCUGAAAAGGUGGUUAUUGCGGGAAAGUUUCCAUUGAUAAUUUGAAAUUAAUCAUUUUAGUGUUUGAAUUCAUAUUUUUUGAAGACUGUGUGAAGAAACCACUACAGCAAGGGAGUUGCAGAGCAUUAACUUAACACUGACUGGACCUGGGCCAUGAUGCAUCGCUCAGUCAGUCCACAGUCAACAAAACUUCUUUGGCUUUCCCGCCCCCUAGUCACUGCAAUACAGUAGCACACACUAUCUGGUCUGACGUGUUGCUGCCAGGACAGGACACGAUGUGGCUUACGAAAUGGCGGUGAAGUAGUCGUUUGCCUUUCCUCCUCCCUCCCUCCCUCACUUCUUCUCUGAGCAUGCUCCUGUCUCUGCCAGUAGGGGGAGGGUAGCCAACGGUACAGAAAGGGCAUGCAUUCUCUUCCCUUUGACAGCUAGUCAAGCCUCCCUUCAUGCCCUGCUGUUUGCUAGUGGUUUUUUUCAGAUGCCAUUCUGCCCCACAAAAGCAAAGUGCAGCAACUACGGCAACACUGAAACUGAGAAAAAUGCCUUCAAAGCCUUGGUAUUUGUUUGCAUAUUGUACGCUUAGUUACUGCAAAUAUGGCAUGGUAAUAUCUCUAAAACUGUACAUCUGAACCAUAAGGCUUUGUCAUUAAGAUCAAGGAGGUGUAAUGAAGACCGUUUUCAGUCUAAACUCAAGUUUGACAAAAUAUGUAGUUACUGCACUUUGUCUUUGUCGGGCACAUUUGGAGGCAAUUUGUACUCACGUUACGUCAUGCUUUUUUGGUUCAAACUAAUGGCGUCCAUCACCAAAAAAUGUCUUUAUCGUGUGAUGGUUGUAUUGUUAUUAGUCCUGUGUUAGUUUUCAUGCAUUUUAUGAUUGGAGCACAAGUUCAAAUUUGAUUGUUUUUCUCAAAAUAAAAUGAGCUGUCUGAUUUGAAGACUAGUCCCAUGUGUUUCCCAUGGUCAUUUACGUUUUCCAUGUUAAGCAGGCUUUGAAGAGUGUCAAUCUUUCACUUUUAGAAUUCCAAUGCUGGAUUGGAUUUGAGUUGUUGGAGCUGUCUGUUGCUUAGAGGAAGAGAACAGAUCGUUUUGAGUGUCAUGGCUGUUGGGUGACCUACCGUAUAGGCUAAACCCAAGUCAGUUCUGACAUGGCAGUUGGAAUGCUUUGUCUCUGGGUAAUUCAAAAAAACGUGUGAAAUCUGUCCAACAUGUUAAGAGCUCUGUGCCCGGCCUAUGCUAUGGGAGUUGUACUCUUGCAUGGCCUUACUUUUACAAAUGACUGUUGCAUGUGUGCAUUUGUAUUCUUCAGUAGGACAUUGUGCAUUGUGCUUUGAUGGUAUUAUUGUAGCCACACCUUCAUGAAUGCCUGUCUCAAUAAAGACCAAUUGAAUUCAGGCUAAUCAACUGUUUGUUAGCAGUUUGUUGUAAAGAAUAUGACCAAACUAGAGUUGGAAGUGUAUUUUAAUGUCCCCAGGGAAAUCUGUCUUUACAGUACAUGACAUAAAAAACCUAGAAAACACUAAACUGUGCACUGCUGUGCAUGGCAUUUCUCUGUCUUCAAACAUUAAGCAAGUGGUUGGGACAAAGGAGUUCUUAUAUUUGUUCAGUCUGCAGUUUCAUGUCCUGGAAUGUCUACCUGAGGGUAGCAUGUGACUUCUUGAUGCAGAAUGUGUGUAAGGUCCUCUAGAAGUGUUUCUAUGUCUGAAUGGAUUAAUUUUCUCUCUUUUAUUUCACUAAAAUGCAGUGCUGUGGGAAGGUGUCCUGAUUUCUGGUCAUUCUUGGCCUUGGUGAGAUGCACUGAGCUGCCAGUCACCAACCUUUUAGGACACCCUUGCUCAAUAUUUGUCCCACACACUAAACUAGGUCAAUAGGCCUAAUUUCGUGAUAUGCUUGUUUCAAUGUCUGUCUUAAACACUGUAUGGUAAAUCCACCUCAGUUAAAUAGCUUGACUCUUUGGUCUUUUUAAACCUUCUUGCUUAAUUGGAAAGUAGGCUACUUUUAAAUUGUAGCCUAUUAUGUUGUCUGUAAGGUUAGUCUGCAUUACUCUGCACUCUGCAACCACGAGUGUGUUUCAAAAAGCAUGGUAACAGAACUCCUGGUGCAUCGGGUAAGUUAGCUGAGUCUAAGGGGGUCAGCCACUGGCAUUAAUGAAAGCCAUUAGGGAUUAGAAUGGGUGGUAGAAUGGUGACAGAGUUGCAACCUUGGCAUUGUCACCUUGGUCUUGCUUACUGUAAUAUCUCACUUUGAUCUACGACAGGGAAAGGGAGAGCGAGAGAUGGGGGACUCUUAUUAUGAAAUGGGUACCCUGGUGGCGAGAGAGGGGAAAGGGAGACGAGAGAGAGAGAGAGAGAGAGAGACCUCCUUUUGUUGAGCUCAGUAGCUAGCUCUAGCAGAGCAGACAUUUUCUUGCGCUGGUGUAGCGGAAGGCAGCUGGUCUGCAGUGUCCACCAAUCAGAUGGCAGGCUUCUGGAACGGGAGGUGGGGGAGGGGGUAGCGAGAACGAGAAGAACGGAAUCUUCUUCCUGUGAUUGCUGCACCUUCUGAAGGGCCUCUUUCCUCCUGCUCUCUCUCUCAACUGGGCCAGUAGGCUUGAAGCCCUGGUAGAUCAUGAGGCAGGGGGGCGCUGGGAAAUGACAUGACCCACAGGUCUGGUCCGAGGCAUUGUGGGUAAAGGAGAAUUCAUGAAAACGGACAGAAUGAAAGAACCUCCUGGUGAUGAAGUCAACAAAGCCUGCUUGGAACGGCUCAACGAUGGCUGCAGAGUGGACGAGGUGGACCUCAACGGGAGUUACGAAAGAGUAGAAGUGGAGAACAGCCACGGUACUAACAGCCGAUUGGACGUUUUGGAAAAUGGCGUGAUGGAAAUGGAUGCUGCCCCACCACAUGGUUCUACCAUGGGCAGCAACGGUUACCUUCUCAACAACCUGCCGGACAUGGCAGCAGCAGCUCAGCACAGGACUAGCUGGUCCCCUGUGGGGACUGUGAGUGCUGGGCAUCCUACCAAAAUCGUUCCUUUGUCGGCAGCUUUGCAUACCGGCACACUGGCCACCACCCCAAAGACUGAUACCAGUGUGCUACCUAACUUGGGAACAAUGGAGACAGAGACUAAUAAAAGUGGCACAAGCCUCCUCAAUUCCCCUUCUCCUUCCGUUAUACACAGAGCUCGAAAAACCAUGUCACGGCUGGCAUCCAACCAGACACUAAAGAUUUUCAAUAGGGAAGUAAAAGAGCCAAACAUAGUGAAAGGUGAGAGUCCAGAUGUAACGAAGCCUCAGCAGCAGAGAUCACCAUCGCCACCACCCUCCUCCCAGAACCUGCUACCUCAGAGCCAAAACACCGCAAUGACCACGACGACUGCUACACCAGCCAAGCCACAAGCAGCAGUGGUUGUGUCAAAGAAGAAGAAAAGGAAGAUGGGAACAUACAGCUUUGUUCCAAAAAAGAAAACCAAAGUUCUGAAGCAGCAGACCGUGCUAGAGAUGUUUUCUCAUCUCUCUCAGUCUCAAACUAAUUCUCAGCAGAAAGACAUUCAUGUCAACGGAGAAAGGGUGGAGAAUGAUUCCUUAGAUGAAGAAUCAGAGGAAGAGGAAGAGUCGGAGGAAGAAGACCCAACUGGAGAAGAGGCGGUCAGCAUCUCAAAUGAUGACAGUCUAGCAAAGCUCCCUCCUUCUCAGGUUGUUUUUGGCAUCACCACCACGUCAGGACCAACACAGGAGAAUACCUCUGUGUCUCAUGAAGAGAGGGAAACGGAGCUAUCGGGAGACGAGGGAGCUGAAGGAGAGGAUGAGGGAAAUGCCUUUGACUUGAGCACGAGUUUGAAGAGGAAGUUGAAGAAGAAGGCCAAAGGAGACAACCUGUGGCUUCGACCAUCUAGGAAACGCAAACAUGCGGAGCCCCCAUCACAGACUCAGUCCCCCGAACAGCAGGCCCACGUCUCAGGAGAUCUCGACAAGGAAUUCAGAGAGGCGAUCGAGAACUCCAUCCACCAAAAGGUGCCAGUGGAGCAACUUGCAUCUAAAAGCAAAGGUUUUGCUGCCAGUGGUGCUGACGAGGUGGAGACAACGUGUACAGUGAUGGAGCUGCCACUCUGCAGCUGCCGCAUGGAGACGCCCAAGAGCCGCGAGAUUCUCACUCUGGCCGACAGGAAAUGCAUGGCCACGGAAAGUGUGGACGGACAUCUGACCCGAUGUCAUAGCGCCGUCCUGAAGCACGAGAUGAUGCGGUCGUCCAACACUGUGCAGCUCCUGGUGCUGUGUGAGGACCAUCGGAAUGGCAUGGUGAAACACCACUGCUGCCCUGGUUGUGGCUUCUUCUGUAGGGCGGGUACCUUCAUGGAGUGCCAACCGGACAGCAGCAUCUCCCAUCGCUUCCAUCGGCGCUGCGCGUCCAUGCUGAAGGGGCAGAGCUUCUGUCCGCACUGUGGAGAGGAGGCCAGCAAAGCCAAGGAGGUGACCAUCGCUAAGGCCGACACCACCUCCACAGUGCCCCACGCCCAACAGGCUCCCGUCACCACCACAGGCAUCUCCGAGGGGAGGGCAGAUACCACCACUGAUGGGGCGGACAGCACCCUUCCUCUGCUCGAUGAGGCAGCAGCGGCUGCGUCUCAGGCCUUGAUGACUCAGAAACCAGGAGUACCCACAUCAGCUGUGACGCCCACCCCCGGACCCCCUAAAGAGUCCCUGGAGAGCAUCCUGUUGGCGCUGGACACAGAAAAGCCUAAGAAACUUCGGUUUCAUCCAAAGCAGCUGUAUGUCUCGGCCAAACAGGGGGAGCUGCAGAAAGUGUUACUCAUGUUAGUGGACGGCAUCGACCCCAAUUUUAAGAUGGAGAGCCAGACCAAGCGGAUGCCCCUCCACGUCGCAGCAGAGGCCGGACACCAGGAAGUUUGCCACGUGCUAGUACAGUCGGGGGCCAACCUUGACAUGUGUGACGAUGACCAACGGACGCCGCUGAUGGAGGCCUGUGAGGGUAAUCAUCUGGAGACGGUGCGAUACCUCCUGAGGGCAGGAGCUAGUGUCUCACACAAGGAUGCAGAGGGCUCCACGUGUCUUCACCUCGCUGCCAAACUUGGGCAUUAUGAGAUUGUCAAACAUUUAUUAGGCACUGGCUUAAUAGACAUCAACUGCCAGGAUGACGGAGGCUGGACGGCCAUGAUCUGGGCCACUGAGUACCGGCAUGUGGACAUCGUGAAGCUGCUGCUGUCCAAAGGAGCUGACAUCAAUGUCAGAGACAAGGAAGAAAACAUCUGCUUGCACUGGGCCGCCUUCUCCGGCUGCGUGGAGAUUGCCGAGAUCCUGCUGGAGGGACGCUGUGACCUCCAGGCCGUCAACAUCCACGGAGACUCGCCAGUCCACAUUGCUGCUCGUGAGAACCGACUUGACUGUGUCGUCUUGUUCUUGUCGCGGAGGGCAGACUUGUGUGUGAAGAACCGCGAAGGUGAGACGCCACUGGAGUGCUGCAGCCACAACUCAAAGGUGUGGAGUGCCCUGCAGGCCAGCCGCAAACUCAAGGAGAGCAGCAGGGCUCCAGGAACAAGGGAAACUCCCUCAGAUAAGCUCCUCAAUAGGGACAUCGCACGAGGCUAUGAGAGCGUGCCUGUGCCAUGCGUGAAUGCUGUUGACGAUGACCCUUGCCCUGACAACUACAAGUACAUUCCUGACAACUGUGUUACAUCUCCAAUGAACAUAGACAAAAAUAUUACACAUUUACAGUAUUGUGUGUGCAAAGAUGACUGCUCCUCAACCAACUGUAUGUGUGGGCAACUCAGUCUGAGAUGUUGGUAUGACAAGGAGGGCCGGUUACUCCCAGAGUUCUCUACGGAAGAGCCUCCACUCAUCUUCGAGUGCAAUCAUGCCUGCUCUUGUUGGAGGACUUGCAAGAAUCGCGUGGUGCAGAACGGACUACGGAUGCGUUUGCAGCUCUUCAAGACGCGCCUGAUGGGGUGGGGUGUGAGGACUAUGCAGGAUAUUCCACAGGGCACAUUCGUAUGCGAGUAUGUUGGGGAAAUAAUCUCCGACGCAGAGGCCAAUGUGAGGGAAAAUGACUGUUACUUGUUCAGCCUGGACAACAAGGUGGGAGAGGUGUACUGUAUAGAUGCUCGUUUCUAUGGCAACAUCAGCCGGUUCUUUAAUCACCUGUGCGAGCCGAACCUGUUCCCCUGCCGCGUGUUCACCUCACACCAGGACUUGCGCUUUCCCCGCGUCGCCUUCUUUGCCAGUAGGAGCAUCAGUGCCGGAGAGGAGCUGGGCUUUGACUAUGGGGAUCACUUCUGGGACGUGAAGGGCAAAGACUUCAGUUGCCAGUGUGGGGCCGCUAAGUGCAAGUACUCUGCCGCGGCCCUGGCCCGGAAGCAGGCCGACAGUGGGCCAGAUCAGCAGCCAGACACCAGUUCCUCUUCCAUCACCCCCUCGUAGCCCCUCCCAACACCACCAGCCACCCCCCUCCUGAUCUACUGUACACAUGCACAGUAGACACAAAGGUAGAACAUUAGACUAGAGGUGACACAGCGACUCGCGACAGCACUGGAGCAAGUGCAAGUGCAAGUGCAGCCUCCCAUCUUCUGUAGGUAGGUCAGUGCUCUUCUGUCGAUGCAAAUCAAUGCCGAGCACCAAUCACCUCUUUCAAAAAAUGGCCUGAAACUUUGUGAAUAUGAAGUGACGCAUUAAUCAAGGACCAGAUUUAAAAUGUCAGGCUAAAAAUUUACUUAAAUCAGUCGACAAAAUGCAUUUUUAAUCAGUUCAAGCAACAAACAGCAAACUCCUUGUACACUAGCAAAACGUUUUGUCUGCUAUCCAUGUGUUUGGAAUAACAGCUAAUAAACUGACUUUCACUUGGCUUCAGAAGUUGCUCAUAUGAGAGCUACAACACUCCCAAAAGUUUUAUGUACAAAAAUACAUUUCCUGCACCAAAGGAAGAUUAACCAUUUAAUGAACACAGGAAGGGCAGAUUUUCACAAGACUAAGGUUUUGUCGCCUAUGGAAAAUAAUGUGAAAAUGAGCAGAAAAGUCGCUUCAAAACACAUCAGAUACACAGAUCAGGUGUCAUACUUAAUCAUUUAAUCACUGAAUCACUCUCACCCUCUUCAGAAAAUCAACUUUGGCCUUAAGUGCAUGUUUAGGGUCAUUAUAUACUCAUAGAAAAUAACACAAUAAAGGUCAAUGGGUAAUGGUAACAUAUUCGCUGUUCGUAGAGCAAUACAUUUAUAUAUUCAUGAUUUAAUCAAUGAUAAAAGCCCUCAAACACCAGCAUGCAGCCUCACAUACGAGCUGUAUCUCUACCAUGAUUCAGGUUAGGCACCAUGAUUUUUUUUUUCUUUUUAUUCUUCAUCUCCAACACCAUACAGUCUUGAUGCUAUCAGUUCUAAAAUGAUUGAUCUUGUGAUCAUGACUUCGGAGUAUGAGUCCCAUUAGCCUUCAUUUUUGUCAGAAUUAGGACUGGCAAAUUCUUGGCAGGCUUUUUUGGUGGUUGACACUCACAUAUGCCAUUCCUUGCCAUGUUGCCAUGUGCUGCAUUUUGUGUCAUGGGAAACAAUCACCCCAGUUUAUAUUUCUACUUCUUUAGAUAACUGUGGUAAACUUUAAUAACAAAAAUCCACUUUCAUCUACAACAGUCUUGUUUUCAAGCCUUGUCACAUGGGUACAAGAUUGGCCAGCCCAGUCACCAGACAUGAACAUCAUUGAUUAUGUCUGGCAUAGGAUGAAAGAGGAAGCAUGGAAGAUAAAAUCAAAACAUCUGGAUUCUGAACUCCGGGAGGCAUGCAAGGCUGUUUUUUUGCAAGUUCAAAUGACUUCAUCAACAAAUUGUAUGAGUCUUUGCUGAAACACAUGGCUACAGCAUAUUCAAGCUAAAAGAAGUCAUACAUUAUAUUAAUUUGGAUCUUCCAGCACCAGUGCUUCAUUUUCUGAUGUUAUGCAAAAUAUUGGUUUGUUUUGAAGUGGUUUAUCACAUUAUUUUCUGGAGGUGACAACACUUUUGUCUUGCCAAAACCUGCCCUUUCCAUGUUCAUUAAAAGAUAAAUCUGUCUUCAGUGCAACAAAUUUAUUUUUGUGCAUAAAACCUUAUUUUAGAGGGUUGUAGCUGUCAUAUGAGUGCAUUCUGAAGCCAAGUGAAUAUUUGGAAGGCAGGCUAUUAGCUGUUGUUCCAAACAAAUGGAUAGGCGACAAACUUUUUGCAAUGGCUGUAUAGUGUGUUGAUGGAAAUGUUCACAUUAUUAAGCCAUUUUCUGACAGAGGUGAGCCCCCUUCUCCAUUAAUUUACAUUGCUCAGGUCGACCUAUAAAUAAUGGAUGCCAGGAUUGCUGUGAAAAUGGGCCCAGGGUCAACUAUAGUCUAACAUUCUACCUCUGUGCAACACACACACACUCACACACCAUCACUGCCCAACCACAUUACCACAUUACAGCACAACCACCCUUACACCAUACAGAGUGCACAGUACGUUUUACCGUGUUAAUUCUUUGCUAAGGGUUAAAUUCAACAAUCUCCUGGUUAGUCAGAAUUAACGCUGCAAAUGUUAUUGUGUUACCUGGCUCUCUCGCCUAAUUCUUCCACACCAGCAUGGAGGAAUGGAAACACAGACAGUCAAACACCCUUACAAACUCCCAAUACCCUCCAUCCCUCCGUCGGACCUAAUCAUGUCAGUCACGCCAGUCGUGACUCUUGACUGAGAUAGUAUAUUAAAAAAGGAAAUAUUUGGGACAGGAAUAUGUGUUUAGCGGCUGUGUUUUAAAGACAGGUGGAAUGGAAUGGACAGUGCUUGGGGGGAAAUAAUAAUGGUAUGUAAAAAGCUGUCUCCUUUUAUUCUGUUUUUGUUUUGGUUUUUUUAAUCUGUAAGUGCUCUUUUUUAUGAAUAUUAUCGCUGAACCAUAGUUUCUCUGCCACCAUUUUUGGACUGAACACUUCUGGGAAAAUAGAGUUGAAUGCUGCUGGAUCUGUGAAUAAAAUAUUCAAAUUUACAUUCGA